AUGGCUUCCUUCAAUAGAAAUGCAGUUUUGCUAAUGCUGCUUUUGGUGUUCUCAACGUCCAUUUGUGAUGCUCGGAAGAGAAGAUUUGUUCGAGUGGAAAAUAAUUUGGCUUUGGAUGGAGACUUGAGCCUUACCGUUCACUGCAAAUCCAGAGACGAUGAUCUUGGUGUCAAAGUGCUCCCGAUCAAUGGCACAUUUGAAUUCAGUUUCAAGCCUAACUUUAUUCACACAACACAAUUCUACUGCAGUUUUCAGUGGCCAGGUAGAUUUGAGUGGUUCGACAUAUAUAAAGAUUCGAAAGACGAAUGCAGUUUGUGUUACUGGAAAGUAUUUCCUAGCGCGGUAUGCAGGUUGAGCUGGGAGUUCGACAUUAACGGUGAUUACAAUGAUUGCUAUCCGUGGAAUGAUCAUGCCACUCAUAUUAUCAAGUCUUAA